CACGAAACUCGGCUCAAAUCAAUGUCAACAAAAAAUAUAGAACAGUUGACAGUGCAAAAUAAACUGCGAAAUUUUUCAUGGUCGCUGCCGUAAUUAAUUAAAAACUGAGUACGCAUAUUUAGUCAGAUAUUCGACAUGACAGCGACCCACUGCCUUUUGUGCUUGACCUCUUUGCCGGACGAAGAAGAGGAAUCAAAAUUAAAUUCUUUGAAAAUACAAAUUCCAAUUAACGAAUUGCGAAAUUUACUUGUUCCUCCUUCGGUAGUCAGGUCAAAUUCAAGUCAUAAAAUCGAAGAGAACGUAGAAUACAAUGUGUGUAAAGACUGCUCCCACAUUACGGAAGAAAUUAGAAGUUUUCGUACUCAAAUUUCUGAAUUAGAGGUUCAAAUUAACAGAAAAGUGGUACAAAUUCGAGAAACAAUUAUUGAUUCGUCGCCACCGGAAAAUGAGGGAGUGGAGGAUUUAAUUGUGAUAAGAGAGUCGCUACUAGUCUUGACAGGUCAGCACGACAACGAGGCGUUAAAUUGUGGACCUGUGGAGGCCCAGGUCAAAGUUGAAACGAAUCAUGUCGAGGAUGAAUUUUCCAACAAUUAUUUCGACGAUGAUGACCUCCCAUUCUCACCGGCGAACCUUGGCGAACAAGAAGUUUCACGAGUUAAAGAAGAAUAUAGUCAAGGAGAUGCCAACAACGACGACGAUUUUCCAUUUCACAUUACUCCAGAUAACUUUAAGGAAGAAAGUGAAGAAGAGGUUGUAAAAACUAGGGGUCGAAAACGGAAAGCGAUCAACUAUUCAGAACUAGAGCUUUCAAGGCCUAAGAAAAUUAAACAAAAAACUACCAAACCGACCCCAAUCAAAGCAAAAACUCUACCCCAUCAUACAUCGCAACCCAAGAAAAAAACUGAAAAACUCUCGCCAAAGAAAACACUACAAGUUAAAUCUCCUCCCAUCUCGAGCGAGUCAGAGGGUGACGAAUCUAACCUUUCCGGUGACGAAGACGAUGAUGACGACGACGAAUACGUUCCCUCCGACUUUGACCAACUCAAGAAAAACAAUCGCCUCCCCUACAAAUGCAACCGCUGUAAUUGGAGAUCAUUUAACACCGAAGAAGAGCUAAACCGUCACUUGGAAAAAGAUCAUAAUUUUCCAUGCCCCAUCUGUACCUCACAAUUUGACAAAAAGGAAGAACUCAACCGUCAUCUAAAGAAAGAACACAAAGGUGUGACUCCAUUCAAAUGUGACGUCGGCGUCUGUAAUAAAAGGUUCUGGCUGAAAAAAUCUUUCCAAGCCCACAUGGUCAUGAAGCAUGAGUCUGGGGAGAAAAUAUUCCCGUGUUCGAAAUGUGAUAAGAAAUUCUGCCUCGAGCUCAACCUCCGAAACCAUUUGGACCAGCACGACCUCGAAGGGGUCAAACCGUUUAUUUGCGACGUUUGUGAUGCCAGAUUUCUUACCCAGUACCGCCUCACGACACACGUGGAGUACAAGCAUAAACAAUUUCGGUGUGACCAAUGUGGAUUAGAAGUGAUUACAAGGACAGCAUUUGAAAGACACCUCCGUCUGCACACUGGUGAAAAGAAGUACAAAUGUGACCACUGUUCCGAAACAUUUAUCGACCCCACCGCUAAACAGCGACACACUUAUCGCGAGCACACCACCAAUAAGGAAAGGGAGUGUCCAAUAUGUCACAAAGUAGUGUCCACCAUUACCAACCUCAAAAUUCAUAUGGAUCGGAUGCAUGAAAAAAUUCAUAGAAAGCAGUGUGAAACAUGUGGGCAAAAAUUCAUGGAGGCGUCAUCUCUACAAGCGCACGAAAUUAGGGAACACGGGAAGGAUCCGUUAGUGUGUGAAGAAUGUGGGUCGACCUUCGUGAGCGACAAUGGACUAAAACUACACAAGUUAAGACACAAAGGAGAAAAACCGUUUGCAUGCGAUCUCUGUGAUGCCCGUUUUACAUUCACGGGUCAAUUAACGCAACACAAGAAAUAUCACUUGGAUGAACGUCCUCAUCUCUGCUCUCACUGUGGAUUCGGAUUCAAAGCGAAGAAACAUUUGAAUAUUCACAUCAAGCGGAUCCACACUCCUGGAUACGUCACCCCCACCCCACAUAAAUGCCCCCACUGCGAGAAAGCAUUUCCCCGCAAGUGCUUUAUGGAGGCACAUGUCCGCCAAGUCCACACGCUAGAACGGCCCUUCGUUUGCGACCAGUGCGGGAAAGGGUUCGCUAUCAAAACCACGUUGGACUUGCACCUCAGGACACAUGGCAUCGUGGUGGCGAGGAGGGCGAGGGAAAAGUUGCCAAAAUCCAAGAGAGACAAGUUUCCUCAAGAAGAAGAUGAAGAUGGAAACAGUGAAUAAAAUUAAAUCAUAAAUGUGCAUUAUUUAUAUACAUAUAAAAUCAACUUUAUUUUAUGAUGCUGGAAUUUUAAGUAAGUAAAGAACAUAAAUAUACACACACAAUUUUGAAAAGAG